AGCUCGGCUCGGCUCAAGCCCACCAACCAGCGACCAUUCCCGAUCAGUCGCCAGGAAUCGAGAAAAUCUCGCCACGUCGGCACCCUUCUCCCCGCUGACGUGUCACGCUCCUCUCUCUCCCCCCGGCCUUCGCCUUUUAACCCCCGCUCCGGUCCCUCUCGCUCUUCACUCAAAUCACUCUACCACAACAGUCAAAAAGUCAAAGAUCAACCAAGAAAUCUCUCUCUCUCUCUACACAAACUAGAAACAGUUCCGGCCAAAGCCAAAAUCCCUGUACAGCCUCCGGUCGGGAAAUGGCCGAGCCGUGCGCCCGGAAGCUCGUCGUGGAGGUCUGCCACGCCAAGAACUUGAUGCCCAAGGACGGCCAGGGCACGGCGAGCGCCUACGCCAUCGUCGACUUCGACGGCCAGCGGCGGCGGACCAAGACCAGGUUCCGGGACCUGAACCCGGAGUGGGACGAGCGGAUGGAGUUCCCCGUCCACGACGCGGAGUCCAUGCCCACGGAGAUCCUGGAGAUCAACCUCUACAACGACAAGAAGACCGGCAAGCGCAACACCUUCCUGGGCAAGGUGAAGAUCGCCGGGAGCGCCUUCGUCCAGUCCGGGUCGGAGGCGCUCGUCUACCAUCCGCUGGAGAAGAGGAGCGUCUUCUCCCAGAUCAAGGGCGAGCUUGGGCUGAAGGUCUUCUACGUCGACGAGGCUCCGCCCCCGGCGGAGGCCGAGGAGAAGGCGGCGGAGCCGGAGAAGCCUGCGGAGGAGGCUCCGAAGCCGGAGGAGAAGGAGGACAAGGGCGAAGCGGAGAAGAAGGAAGAGGAGAAGCCUAAGGAGGCGGAGAAAAAGGAGGAGGAGAAGCCGGCGGAGGCGGCGCCGGAGAAACCGAAGGCGGAGGAAGCUCCGGCGGCGGCAGUAGAGAAUCCGCCGAUCGCGCACUCGGAGAAGCCGAAGCAGCUGCAGGAGAGGCCAGAGAGCGGGAAAGUGGCCGUCAACGACCUCGAGCUUCGAUCUCUGUCGGGCGAUCGGAGCCGCCGGAGCGCGUACGAUCUGGUCGACAGCAUGCCCUUCCUCUACGUGCGCGUGGUCAAAUCCAAGCGCGGGGACGCCGACUCGAAAUCGCCGGCGUACGCCAAGCUCGUGAUCGGCACCCACGCCGUGAAGACGAAGAGCCAGAGCGACAACAGGGAAUGGGAUCAGGUCUUCGCAUUCGACAAGGAAGGACUGAACUCGACGCAUUUGGAGGUCUCCGUGUGGAUCGAAGAGAAGAAGGAAGGCGAUCAGGCGGUCGAGAGCUGCCUGGGGACGGUGUCGUUCGACCUGCAGGAGGUGCCGAAGCGAGUGCCGCCGGACAGCCCGCUGGCUCCGCAGUGGUACACCCUCGAGUCGGAGAAGUCGCCGCCGGCGCCGGUGAAUGACGUCAUGCUCGCCGCGUGGUUCGGGACGCAGGCGGACGAGGCCUUCCCGGAGGCGUGGCAGUCGGAUUCCGGCGGGCUGAUCCCCGAGACCCGAGCCAAAGUGUACCUGGCUCCCAAGCUGUGGUACCUCAGGCUAACGGUUAUCCAGACCCAGGACCUGCAGCUAGGUUCGGGGCCCGAGCCUAAGGCCAAGACUCCGGAGCUCUACGUGAAGGGUCAGCUCGGCGCGCAGUUGUUCAAGACGAGCCGGACCUCGGCCGGCUCGCUGUCGUCCGGCUCGUCCAAUCCGACGUGGAACGAGGACCUCGUGUUCGUCGCCGCCGAGCCGUUCGAGCCGUUCCUAGUGAUCACGGUGGAGGACGUCACGAACGGCCGGGCCGUGGGCCAGGCCAAGGUACACGUGCCGAGCGUCGAGAGGCGGACGGACGACUGCACGGAGCCGAAGUCGAGGUGGUUCAACCUAGCCGGGGACGAGAGCAAGCCGUACACGGGGAGGAUCCACGUGAGGGUGUGCCUGGAAGGCGGGUAUCACGUGCUCGACGAGGCGUCACACGUGACCAGCGACGUGCGAGCCUCGGCGAAGCAGCUGGCGAGAUCGCCGAUCGGCUUGCUCGAGGUGGGCAUCCGGGGAGCGACCAACUUGCUGCCGGUGAAGACCAAGGACGGAACCCGCGGGACCACGGACGCCUACGCGGUGGCCAAGUACGGGCCCAAGUGGGUCCGGACCCGGACCAUCCUCGACCGGUUUAACCCGCGGUGGAACGAGCAAUACACGUGGGACGUGUACGAUCCGUGCACGGUGCUCACCAUCGGCGUCUUCGACAACGGGAGGUACAAGCGCGACGAUGCGGGCAAACCCGGGAAAGAUUUGAGGAUCGGAAAGAUACGCGUGCGGCUAUCGACGCUCGACACGAACCGCAUUUACAUGAACACGUACUCGCUGCCCGUGUUGCUUCCCGGCGGAGCCAAGAAGAUGGGAGAGAUCGAGAUCGCCGUACGAUUCUCGUGCUUGUCGUGGCUCAGCUUGAUCCAAGCCUACACGACGCCGAUGCUCCCGAGGAUGCACUACGUGCGCCCGCUGGGCCAGGCGCAGCAAGACGUGCUCCGGCACACGGCGAUGCGGCUCGUGACGGCCCGGCUGGCCCGGUCGGAGCCGCCGCUCGGCCAGGAGGUGGUCCAGUACGUGCUGGACUCGGACACGCACGUGUGGAGCAUGAGGCGGAGCAAGGCCAACUGGUUCCGGGUCGUGGGCUGCCUGUCCCGCGUGGCGAUGCUCGGCCGGUGGCUCGACGGGAUCCGGACGUGGUCCCACCCGCCCACCACCGUGCUCGUGCACGUGCUGCUCGCCGCCGUCGUGCUGUGCCCCCACCUCGUGCUCCCCACCGUGUUCAUGUACGCCUUCCUGGUCCUGAUCCUGCGGUUCCGGUACCGCCACCGGGGGGCGAGCAGCAUGGACCCGCGGCUCUCCCACGUGGACGUGGUGGGGGCGGACGAGGUGGACGAGGAGUUCGACGGGUUCCCAACGACGCGGCCCUCAGACGUGGUGCGCGUCCGGUACGACCGGCUGCGGGCGCUGGCGGGACGGGCGCAGAGCCUGCUGGGGGACGUGGCCGCGCAGGGGGAGAGGCUGGAGGCGCUGUUCGGGUGGCGAGACCCGCGGGCGACGGGGCUGUUCGUGGGGUUCUGCCUGGUGGCGUCGCUGGGGUUCUACGUGGUGCCGUUCAAGGUGUUCCUGCUGGGGUCGGGGUUCUACUACCUGCGGCACCCCAGGUUCCGGGGGGACAUGCCGUCGGUGCCGCUCAACUUCUUCCGGCGGCUCCCGUCGCUCUCCGACCAGAUGCUGUAGUAGUCGUCGGACGAGAGCUGCCCGGGACACGGGCACGGACACGCGUUCGCUUUUGGGGGUUAAUUUUUACUUGGAAUUAUUAUUAUUUUUUUUUCCGGGAAACGACUCGAAUUAUUUAAUUAUUUGACAUUCUUUUCGCCCU